AUGUACCGUGGUGACCAUACGAACAAUGGGCAAACUCUGACGCCGAAAAGCUACAACGGUCGAUCGGGAGAUCAUGUGCACAAUCGGAAUGCCGUGAAAGACCAAAACAACAAUUAUCCCGAUCCAUCAUCUCUGCAUCGUUAUCACGCGUCGACUCCGACUGUUCGUCGAGAGUUAAAUUGGCAACAGAGCAAUCCAACAAUUCCCUCAACCGGCCCCAUCGUGCACCUCAAUCGCUACUACACUGCUCAACAGGGCCGACCAGGCUCGAUUGGCUACGGCGCUGCUCCUCAUGCUUCUCCAUAUCCGCCUCAAAACUACACACGAUCGCCAUAUGAUUUCCAAGAGCAACAAAAGCCAAAUCAGCUCGUCUCAUCGGUUCCACCAAAUGAUCCAAAUACGAUCAUCAAGAAGCUUUUCGCCGACAAGGGCAUCUCGUUGGAUCACUCAGUGAAAUUAGGAAGUGGACGCUAUAGCAAAGUGAUAACGGCUCAGAUUUACUCAGGAGCCACGAUUGCUAUCAAGAUGAUCAACAAAAACAAAGUGACGCCCGAUUUCCGGAAUAAGUUCUUGCCGCGUGAGAUAGUCUGCUGGAAGAUGUUGGAGCAUCGAAACAUUGUGCGCCUCUGCAGUCAUUACGAAUCGAAACUCAUCGGAUACGUGUUUCUUGUGAUGGAGUAUGGGGCUGGCGGAGAUAUGCUGAGCCAUGUCCAGCGAAACGGACCAGUACCCGAGUUUCAAGCUCAACGCUGGAUUUAUGAGAUUUGCUCAGCUGUCGCCUACCUGCAUGGACGAGAUAUUGCUCAUCGUGACCUCAAGCUCGAGAACAUCAUCAUCUUUGGAAAAAGCGUCAAGAUUGCUGAUUUUGGAUUCUCGCGACAAGUGAAAAACGAGUUCUCACAUACAUUCUGCGGAUCAAGGUCGUAUUCGGCUCCGGAGAUUCUUCUGGGACAAGCUUACAAUGCUUUCAAAGCCGAUGUUUGGUCUGUUGGUGUAGUGGCGUUUGUGAUCUGCACUGACACGAUGCCCUACCGGGAGGACAUGUCGAAUCACAAGAUUGUCGAAAUCCAAAAGAAUCGCCAGUAUCACUUUCCAAGAACCGUGCCCAUAUCUCAUGCCUGCAAAGAAACUAUUGACCACAUCUUAACGUUUGAGCCCAAUAAGAGGUGCACGAUAACCGAGGCUCUCGCUUUGCCCUGGAUUGCCGCAGGAAAAGACCUGAUUGAAAGUGAAGGAAAGGGCUUUUACUUUCCUCAAAGUGGCACUCCACGGCCAAACUAUCAGCAGAUGAAUGUGCAAACCCCGCAGAAGCGUACCGUUGCCGCGCCAAACGCGAUUGUACCACGUGCUGCUGCCAACAAUACUCCUCGGCCACCAAUUCGCCGUUUUGACAUUCAACAAGAGCAAGCCUUCCAGACCUAUUAUGCAGGGCCACGCUUCCAAUACGGUUUUCUUGAUGGCCCACUCUUCUCAACAAAA